ACCGGCCAUCCACAGCCCUGGAAAGCAUCCAGGAAAUGGCCGUCCCUAUCCACUGAUCGGCUGGCUGCGACGCCUGCAUGGCUAUUUUGCUGCCUUCGCUCCAGCAAACUCUGUCUCGUCUCCCUCCGCUUUUAUAUCACGGGAGACCCUGCCCUAAGCCUUACGGUUUCUCACCAAUCUUCUGGUGUAAAACCCCAGUGAAUCCAUCUGCCUAAUCCGCUUACACCAAACCCUAUACAUCCUGGGCCCCAACUCCUACUAUACAAAUCAGUCCGCUUUUAUAUACGAAGCCUAUUAGAUUAAACUGCCCCAAUAUGGGCUUCGGCGGCGUUCUCUUGCGCGCUUCCAACCUCUCCAUCCGUGUUCUCCAGUUCCUCGCCGCAGCUGUCAUCCUCGGCAUCUUUUCCUACUUCCUUGCCGUCCUUUCUCGACAUGAUCAGGAUAUCCCGCGUUGGAUGAAAGCCGUCGAGGGUCUAUCCGGCGCUGCAACCCUCUAUGGCAUCCUCGGUAUCCUUUUCACUUGCUGCCUCGGCGGCGUCGCCUUCUUCGCCUUCCUCGCCAUUGUCCUCGAUGUCUGCUUCAUCGGUGCCAUGAUCGCCAUUGCUAUCAUGACCCGUCAUGGCACGCAGAGCUGCUCUGGUCGCGUGACCACCCCUCUUGGAUCUGGUAAUAGCAGCGAUGACUCACCGUCGGGGACAAGCUAUGGCUAUGCCUGCGAAUUGGAGAAAGCUGCCUUUGCGGUGUCGAUCAUUGGGAUCGUCUUCUUCUUGAUUUCAAUCCUCCUUCAAGUCCUCUACGCUCGAUACCACAAGCGCGAGAAGCGCUUUGGCCCCUCCCCCGCAAAUGGCUACACCUCCGGCACUACCCGGGGCUUUGCCUUCUGGAGGAGAAACAAGAACAACCCUGAUACUGCUAGUGCCGAUGAUAUGCUGCCUUCGCAUCCAUUGCCCAGGGAUGUGGAGCUUGGUGCGAACGGCACAACGGCAGCAGAGAAGGAAGGUGGCUUGAAUGGUACCAAUGUCGGCGCUACCACCGCCAGUGGUGGAUAUAUGCCAUGGAGAAGCAAUGUGAAUAACGGUACUGCAACUGCGGGGCAGACCGGGACUUACGGCUAUGGAAAUUCAGCAUAUACGGGAAAUUAUUAAGGGGUAAGAUGCAAGGGGUGCUAGGAGGUACGUGGUAUGUACAGACAUACCAGGAAUGACACAGAGGGGUGUGAUGACCUCCCCCAAUGUGGCAGUCGCUGGGAAAGUGAUGAUUAAUGAAAUGACUCGACUAAAAAGAUACCAUGGUUUUUUUUUGGUUUUCUGGAUGGGAUGGUUCAAUAUUGCAAAGUACAUACUGUUUUGCUUCGUUUUUUGAAAAUACUACACAUCAUUUGGUAAU